AUCAUGCCCAUUUUUUAAUCUGGGUUUUGAAAUAACCAUCCUAAAAUAACAGGGAAGGACCUGUCUUUACCUUUGCUUUCUGCAGGUCCCGUAACUGCUUGUUGCAGGUAGGAUGGGGCUAUUUGGAGCUCCUCUCUUUGCAGGCUGAUGAGGUCUCUUGCUGUUCAGAUACCAGCUGGAGCCUUCUCAGUAGAAACUGGUGGAAGAGGGGUUUUUUACUCUCUGUAGAGGCUGGGCUUGCCCACUUGUGACUAUGGCAAAGCUUGUUUUCUGAGCAAAUAUAUCCUUGAGGGCUGACACAAAGAGGCAUUUGGGGUAAGAGUGAGAAAAGAGGACAAAAUCAUACCAGGUGAUGAAGAGCCAGCUUGCCAGGGUGUAGACAUGCUCUUUUUUCCUUUUCCUUUGUCACCUUUCCUGAGAAGACGUCAGGCUCAACUAGUGGGAGCUGACACAGCUGAGGACAUCUUCAUGCUGCCAGGGGGUUCUGGAGCUGCUGCUGAGUGACAAAUCCCCAUCAGCAUCUCCAGCUAUCAGCAGGCAGGGUGGCUUUGCUUCCUUUCUGGGUUGCUAUGGGAUAGAGUGAUGCUUUGGUCAGUGGCAGAAUAGAGGGUGGCAUCUCUGGCUGCUUUAGUGAGAUAGUCUUGGGAUGUGUACCCCACCCCUGGGGUGUGCUUUACGGUGCUUUGGAAACAUGCUCCUUGCCCUGUCAUCUUAUGCUUUUUCUAUUUUCUUACACUCUCUGUGCUUGUCUUUGUGAAACAGGUUGCCAGCCUUGUAAAAGUGGAAUUAAACUUGAGGCAGGAUUCACAGGGGUAGCUUCCAGCUCUUCCCUUGUGGAAAUUGGAUGGGAGGUAGGCAGAGAGCUACCUACAAGCACAGCUAGAGUUUCUUAGGGAAGGUAAGUUCAGCAUGAGACCAGGGCUCAUCUGCUUGCUUAUCGCUUCUUCCUCUCUCGCCUAAGGCAGAUCAGAAACAAGCCCUUCUCUUUCACACCUGUGUGCAAGGCAGGAUUACAACGAAUUUACCUUGGAAGCUUAAGGGCAGGUUUUCUUGUGCUGCUUUCUGAACUGAUGGCUACCAGCUUGUGUUGGAAAGGGGAUGAGAUGCGUAGGGAACACUGCAAACCACACCUCCCAGCUUGGACCGGCUCUGAUACUCUGUUUACAGUGGCGGAGUUCCUUCUCCGCUAGCUUUUUGCUGUGGAGUACACUGCCGGUUCCAAGGAAGGGGAGCAAUACUGUCCUGCUACUCAAGGUCUUCUGUUUGCCCAUGCCCUGGGGGAAAAGACUUUGAGAAGAUGGAGAACCAGAGGGGAGUGCUCUUGGGAUAUGUCCACUGGGAAGGAGAAGAGGAAGGGGAUGAGAAGGAUCAGGUGGCUUCUCGUGUUUCUCCUUCCAGCCAAAUGAGCAGACUGGAAGAUGUGGAGGUGGAGAUGCUUGAGAAGGCAAGGGAGCUCUUCCAGCUGUGUGACAAGGAUGAGAAGGGUUUUAUCACCAAGGUGGACAUGCAGCGGCUCCAGAGUGAACUGCCUCUAACCCUUCAGCAGCUGGAGACUGUUUUUGACAGCUUGGAACAGAACAAUAAGGGAUACCUGACGCCUGUGGAGUUCAGCAUGGGACUAGGGAAGUUAAUAGGGAUUGAAUUGUGUCAAGGGGCUGGGAGAAUGGAUCACUCCAGACACGAGGAGACCUUUGAGUCAGGCUGGUCAGAUGACUUGGACCCAGCAGAUGAUGAUGAAGAGAAACGAUUCUGUUCCAUGAUGGAGCAGCUCGGAGCAGCCCAGUUGUUUGAAGAUCCACAUGAGAUUCGGGAGCUCUGGGCUCGGCUACGGAAGGAGCGUCCGGAGCUCUUAUCCAAUUUUGAAGAAUUUCUGUUGCGAGUUUCAUCGUACAUAAGGGAGGUGAAUCAUGAGAAGGAGUCCAUGGAACAGGCACUGAAGCGGAAGGAGUCAGACCAUGACCGAGAAGUCAGGUGCCUUUAUGAAGAAAUGGAACAACAGAUCAAAGCAGAAAGGGAGAGGCUGGUCUGCCAGGAAGCACUGAGACAUGACAGGAGUAACCUGCUCCAAAAGGAACUGCACAACAAAGAACAGGAGCUGGAGAAAAUCCUCUACCGCCAGAAGAAGCUGGAACAUCAGCUGCAGUCACUGAACUCGGAGCAGCUGGAGACCCGGGUGCAGAAUGAAAGGCUCCGGCACCUGAAUGAAAACCUGCUGGAAGAGCUGGAGAAAAGCAAAUGGGAGCUGGAGGCGGUGAAGGGGCAAUUGCAGAAGCUUCAGAAAGAGGCUCAGCUUGAGCAAGAGCAGAAGGACAGGGAUGUGUUCAGAGUCUCCAAGAACAUGCAGAAAGAGAAACAAAGCCUCCUUCGGCAGCUGGAGCUCCUCAGAGAGAUGAACAAGAAACUUCGAGAUGAGCGAGACGCUUUUGAAGCCAAGAAGCUGGUGCCUCAGAACACAAAGCCCCUGUUGAAGAAAGGGUCAGUGCUAGGCAGUUACCUGCUGGACGACAAGCCGGUCAAACGACAACUGGCCUCUGCGGACCUUCCCUUCGCCUUCCCAGCGGAUGUGGCAGUGGAAGAACCCAGCAGAAAGAACUGUAAAUACUUCCCAGGCAACGGGACAUGGAUGAAGACGGGAGAAGGAGAAAGUACAAACUUUGGAGACAACCCCAGAGACAAGGAGAGAUGGCCCUUGGCGGCAGAUACUGAGUGGUUUAAGAUGACUUUGAAGGGUGACACUGACUGCAGAAAAAAAGCAGAUGGCUUAGAUGCUGUUCCGCUGCCUCCUAGAGCACAGCCUGUUGGCACUGAAACCAGGCUCCAGGCACUGGAACCAGCCAGCUGUUCCCCAGAUCGCAUCUUUAAAGUGGUGUUUGUAGGGAACUCUGGUGUCGGGAAGAGUUCCUUCAUCCACCGCUUCUGCUAUGACAGGUUCUUGGCUGAGCUCAAUGCAACCAUUGGUAUUGAUUACCAGGUGAAGAGUCUAAUGGUGGAUAACACCCAGGUUGCCUUGCAGCUGUGGGAUACAGCUGGACAAGAAAGGUUUCGGAGCAUUACCAAGCAGUAUUUCCGGAAGGCAGAUGGGAUUCUGGUGAUGUACGAUAUCACAGCUGAGUGCUCCUUCAUGGCAGUGCGGAACUGGAUGAGCAGCAUCCAGGAAGGUAUCGAGGACGGAGCUGUGGUCUUUCUGCUUGGAAAUAAAAUGGAUGCUGUGCAGAGAGAGACCCGGAAUGUGCCCAAGGUGGAGGGGGAAAGGCUGGCGAAGGAAUACAAGGCUGUCUUCUAUGAGUGCAGUGCGAUGACUGGCUAUAACAUCAUGGAGCCCAUGCUGCACAUGGCCAGGUUGCUGACAGCACAAGAAGACAGGCAGAGGGAGAAUGCCCUGCAGCUGGAAGAUAUGGGCAGGAGGAAAGGGUGCUGCACAUAAGGCACAUCAGUGUGUCAGCAAGAGACAUGUGCCAGCACUGUAUCGUGAAGCUGGGGGUUCCUUUCAAGCAAGCUGAAUCUGAUGGUAUCAGCUCUGCAGAGAUUUGGGGAAGCUGAAGCUUUUCCCAGUCUGUGAAUUUUGAGGCACUAAAUCAGGCCAAAAUGUGCAUAUUAUCUGCACUGUUCCAUUUCCCAACUCUGCAUGCAGCCCUGGUCUCUGGAGGCCUCUGCUUCUUUGGGGGAAUUUGGCUGGUCUUGGCUAGUAGGACAAACUGGGCCUUCUGUCUGGAGAGUUUGCUUCCCUGUAAAGGGAUGAAGUCUUAUUCCUUUUCCCUCUGGUAAAGAACUGGCCUAGCAGCAGAGAGUGGAGGACACAGUGGUUGCUGUCUUAAAUAGAAUUUUUUAGUGUAAGAGAUAGAGUUAGCCCAAAUUUAAGUUUCUUUAAAUAGUGAUCCAUCCAUCUCGGAGAACAGCAUCUCCUCUUGGCUCUGUGACAGUAACUGCCCCGCUGAGAUCCUGCUGUGGUAAGUGAGAACACUUCCACCACUUCCUUAAGAUCUGGAUAAGGCCCUGUAUUUAGUCCGAAAUAAAGUUGGGCUUGUCAAUAUUGUAGUCAACUGAUUCCAUGCAUGAAUAUGGUAUGAACUGAUAGAAUGAGUCACCCCAGUGGCUUUCAUCUCAUUUUUACCCUAAUGGACCUUGUCACUGUCCCUCUCCUACUGUUUAUGGAACACAGAGCAGUUGCCCUGGGACUCACAGGCGCUGACAUGUGUUGCUGAUUCAUAACCCAUUGCCAGAGCUGUACAAACUAGGGGAGCCAUAUAUAGCCUGUUUUAAGGCUGAACGCUGCCUGUUUCCUCCCAUUCUCCUGUCCUUUCCUGAAGAAUAUCCGGCAACUUGGAACUGCCUUUCCUGCAGUGCUUUCAAAUCUACCUGGGCUGGAAGCACAAGGCCACUGUCUGUGUCAAAUGCACCUUUUUCUCUUGCAGUGCCUUUGCACAACAACCUCGCUUUCCUGGUGCAGGGCCUGAGAAAGAGCUGAACUGAACCUGAUCCCAUUGGGAAGGGACCUUCUUGUCACUCAGGAGUGGGGCAAAGCAGAGCGAGGGGAGGCGAGGGCUGAGGUAGGAACUGGCCCCAGCCUUGUGCCCGUUGGCAUAGCUUCUUCCCUUGGGAUAAGGCGGUUACUCUGAAUGUCUGUUUAUUGCACAAAUUUCUCUGGGAAUAUCCCAUGCAGGAAAAGUGCUCUGAGUCACUUACAGACCAUCAGUGUGAAAGUUACAAAGAAUUUCCAUGGUUCCUCCUGGUGCCCUUUACUCCUGAUAGGAAAGAGGAAGUUUUUCUCUGCAAGAGCAGGAUUUCUGAGUAAAAAGAAUAGCCAAAUGUAAUAAGCUCCUGCUCACUCCUUACUGUCGGCUGGCUGUGGCUCACACUGUGUUUAACUGCAGUAAUGCCUUCCAGAAAUUAGGAAGCAGAAAGCUAGAAAAGGUCCAGAACCAGGGUAGCUGUUGUGGAGCCUAGGGUAACACCAGCAUUGCUGCCAGUGGGACUCCUUGUGUUUGCAAGACACAAUAUGUGGGAAGAGAAAUCAUCUGUGUUUUCAGAAAACACCUCUAAUCUGGACAUAGAUGUGACUUUCUAACCAGCGUGGGCGUGCAGGAGCACAGGCAUUAUCACCUGUUGAACAGGUCAAACCCACCACCUGUGUUAGGGGAGCUCCAGGUGCCGGUUAACAUGGAGUGGCUGGCCAAGAACUGGUGUCUUUGGUUGUGGCACAUCAGUAAUGCUAAAGUUACUUACCUGCAGCAGCAGGACUUGGGAAGCUGAUGCAGAAGGAAGAGAGCAGUAGCUAAUGUUCUGAACGUGCGCCUCCUGCACUCUGUAUAGAGCACAUCAAAGACAAAGGCAUGAAAUUACAGCUGACACACAAAUACAGGCAGUCUGUGUAGUACCUUGAUCAGUGCUGUCAUAUUGCAAUGACAAGAACUACCAGGUUCUUUUAAUGUACAACCUUAAGCAUGUUUUCUUAGUGUGCAAACAGUACAGAUAAUAAAG